AUGCGGAUCACCGAAAUUGUGAUAGACGGUUUUAAAUCAUACGCCGUGCGAACGGUGAUCUCGGGAUGGGAUGACUCCUUCAACUCGAUCACCGGUCUCAACGGUUCCGGUAAAUCAAACAUCCUCGAUGCGAUUUGCUUUGUUCUCGGCAUUACGAACAUGAGCACGGUCCGCGCGCAGAACCUUCAGGAUCUCAUCUACAAGCGCGGCCAAGCUGGCGUGACGAAGGCCAGUGUUACGAUUGUUUUCGAUAACCGAGACACUUCCAAGUCGCCGAUCGGCUUUGAGGAAUAUGCCAACAUCUCUGUUACACGUCAGAUUGUCCUUGGCGGCACCAGUAAAUACCUAAUCAAUGGCCACCGUGCGCAACAACAAACGGUUCAGAACCUAUUCCAAAGCGUCCAGCUCAAUAUCAACAACCCGAAUUUCCUGAUCAUGCAAGGUCGCAUUACCAAAGUCCUGAACAUGAAGGCCGUCGAAAUUCUGUCAAUGAUCGAGGAAGCGGCAGGCACACGGAUGUUUGAGGAUCGGAGAGAAAAGGCGAUCAAGACAAUGGGCAAGAAGGAGUUGAAACUUCGUGAGAUCGAAGAACUUUUGAAGGAAGAGAUCGAGCCAAAGCUUGAAAAGCUUCGAUCGGAGAAGCGCGCAUUCUUGGACUUUCAACAAACCCAGAAUGAUCUGGAGCGAUUGACCCGGCUUGUGGUCGCUCACGACUACGUGCGUGGAGGUGAGCGGCUCCGCGUUGCUGGCGAGGAAUGCGACAAUAAAAGAAACAAGGUCCAGGCGCUGGAGGAGAAUGCGGAUAGGUUGAAGAGCGAAAUCACACAUUUGGAAGAGGAUGUCCAGCGGGUCCAGGCAGCGCGUGACAAGGAACUUCGCAAAGGCGGUAAAUUCCAAGGCCUUGAAGAUGAAGUCAAGAAUCACUCUCAUGAGCUUGUACGGUUGACGACUGUGUUUGAUCUGAAGAACGCAAGCUUGGAUGAGGAGAAGGAGAAGAAGAAAACCGUCCAAAAGACUGUCAACGAUCUGGAGAAGGUCCUUAAAGAGAAGAGAAAGAUCUAUGAGAAACUUCAGGCUCAAUACGAUACCGCAAAAGCAGAGCUCGAUGCGCAAAAUGUUGAAGUGGAGCAAAAGGAAGAGUUGCUUCAAACGCUACAGACAGGUGUUGCGUCGAAAGAAGGCCAAGAAAGUGGAUACCAGGGACAAUUGCAGGAUGCACGAAACCGAGCCAGCGGAGCCGCGACCGAACAAGAACAAGCGAAGCUCAAGAUCAGUAACUUCGAAAAGAGGAUCAAGGAAGAAGAGCCGCGGGCCAAGAAGGCCAAAGAGCAAAACUCCGGUCUUUUGAAGGAACUAGAAGGCUUGAAGUCACAGGCUAAAAAGCUCGAGGGGGAACUCACUCGACUUGGCUUUGAGCCCGGUAAAGAAGAGCAGAUCUACGAGGAAAAGUCUGAACUUCAGCGAGAUAUUCGCGACCUCCGCCAACGGGCCGAUGGUCUCAGGAGGAAGGUUGCAAACAUCGAUUUCAACUACCAAGAUCCCUCUCCCAACUUCGACCGCUCAAAGGUCAAAGGACUGGUUGCCCAGCUCUUUACUCUGAACAAGGAUCAGGUUCAAGCUGCUACUGCUCUGGAGAUUUGCGCUGGUGGACGCCUGUACAAUGUGGUUGUCGACAGUGCUGAAACCGGUACUCAAUUACUCCAAAGGGGAAAGCUCCGCAAGCGUGUAACCAUCAUUCCUUUGAACAAGAUCUCGGCCUUCAAGGCAUCAGCGGAGAAGAUUGGAGCUGCUCAGAAGCUUGCCCCUGGCAAGGUGGAUCUUGCUCUGUCGCUGAUUGGAUAUGAUGAGGAAGUUAUUGCGGCGAUGAACUAUGUCUUCGGCAACACUCUCAUCUGUAACGAUGCCGAUACUGCGAAGAAGGUCACCUUUGAUCCUUCCGUCCGGAUGAAGAGCGUUACCUUUGAUGGCGAUGUCUAUGAUCCUAGUGGAACCCUCUCCGGUGGAAGUUCCCCUAAUUCUAGCGGCAUGCUUGUUACUCUACAGAAGCUUAAUGAGAUCACUAAGGAGCUGAGGAGCAAGGAGCGUCAACUUGCCAUGUUGGAGGAAAACAUGAACAGAGAAAAGAAGAAGCUAGAUGCUGUUCGGUCCAUUAAGCAAGAGCUGGAUCUCAAGACCCAUGAAAUCAAGCUCACUGAGGAGCAAAUCAACAGCAAUUCCUCUUCAUCUAUCCUUCAAGCCGUCGAGGAAAUGAAGGCAAACAUCGAGCAGCUGAAGAAAGAUAUUACCGAUGCGAAGGCCCGCCAAACAGAGGCAGCAAAGGACAUCAAGCGUAUUGAGAAAGAUAUGAGUGAAUUCAACAAUAACAAAGACAACAAGUUGGCAGAGUUGGAGAAUUCGCUUAAGGCUCUAAAGAAAAACCUCAGCAAGAACUCUGCUUCUGUCAAAGAGCUUCAAAAAGAGUUGCAAUCUUCUCGCCUCGACUCUGAGCAAGUUGGUAGCGACCUUUCUGCUGCUGAAGAACAGCUAGCAGAGUCAGACAACACGUUGAAGGCUCAAGUUGAGGAAAUUGAAUCACUCAAACGAGAACAAGCACGACUGAAGGAUGCCCAUGACAUCGCUCAGGCCCAACUCGAAGAUGAAAGAGCUAGACUUACUGGCUUCGAUGAUGAGUUGCGUGAGCUUGAAACUGCAAUGAAGAACAAGUCUUCCCAAAUCACCGAAGAGGGGUUGGAAAUGCAGAAGCUUGGUCAUCAGCUCGAGAAGCUUCAGAAGGACCAGUAUAAUGCGUCCCAGGCAGUCUCCCACAUGGAGCAAGAGCAUGAGUGGAUUGCGGAUGAAAAAGAGCAAUUUGGGCGUCCGAAUACCCCAUACCACUUCCAGAACCAAAAUAUUGCCGAGUGUAAAUCCACUCUGCGCAACUUGACUGAGCGGUCACAGGGUAUGAAAAAGAAGAUCAACCCGAAGGUCAUGAACAUGAUCGACAGCGUUGAGAAGAAAGAAGCCGCCCUGAAGAACAUGAUGAGAACGGUCAUCCGCGAUAAGAGUAAAAUCGAAGAGACCAUCUUAAAUCUUAACGAGUACAAAAAGGAGGCCCUCCACAAGACGUGGGUCAAGGUCAACGGUGAUUUUGGUCAAAUCUUCAAUGAGCUUCUACCAGGCAGCUUCGCCAAGCUUGAUCCUCCCGAGGGCAAGGACAUUACCGAUGGUUUGGAAGUGAAGGUAUCCCUGGGUAAGGUAUGGAAGCAGAGCUUGACAGAGUUGAGUGGUGGACAACGAUCCCUCAUCGCUCUGUCCCUCAUCAUGGCCCUCCUUCAAUUCAAGCCUGCGCCAAUGUACAUCCUUGAUGAGGUGGACGCCGCACUGGAUCUGUCCCACACCCAAAAUAUCGGACGUCUGAUCAAAACACGCUUCAAGGGAUCACAGUUCAUUGUGGUUUCCUUGAAGGAUGGCAUGUUCCAGAACGCGAACCGCAUCUUCCGCACGCGGUUCAGCGAGGGUACCAGUAUUGUUCAAGCAUUAACCCCCGCGGAUAUGAAAUGA